UUGUUUUUCCUAUGCAGUGGUGCAAAGUCUUCUGUCUUGAGAAAUAAAGACACUGGACCUGGGAUCUUCCUGCCUUGGGCUUUUUUGCUGUGCUCCCCCCAGCAGUAGGUGCCCCCACCUUGCUCCACCCUUGGGCGGUGCACGUAAAUGGGGGCUGGCCGGGCAGUCCCGGCCCGGAGGGAUGCUCUUGGCGGAGCGGCUGAGCCUCGCCGGGAGCUGGACAGCCAGGGGAAAGUUCCGCCAGUCCCGCUUUCUCCUGGCGCCCGUGUCUCCAGAGGGAGGACUGCCGCAUGCUACAGCCUGGAGUGAAGGGCUCUGGACAUAUUCCUGCUGCUCAAGCUCUCCCGGAGGACCUCACGGCUAUUUCAGGCUGCAAGAAAAUGUAUUGGGGAAAUCACCUUAGAAUUCUUGUCACUGUGACUCUGGUCUGGCAGGCUGUUCAGUUAGAAAAAAGCCCUGAAAAAGAAGAACGUAAAGAAGAGGUGAAAAGUCUCAAUGCCACAGCACAAAAGCAGCAGCCCAAGAAUGAAGGGACCUUUAUAAAUGCGCUCAGUGACAUGAAUCAAAGUUAUGAAAGCAGAAAGCAACAGAGCUCCAGGUCAUUCGUACCUUUCACUGGAAUUACAGAGAGUAAAAAACUGAACAGACGCUGCUGCCAGAACGGAGGGACUUGCAUCCUGGGGUCCUUCUGUGCCUGCCUAAAGCACUUCACUGGUAGAUACUGUGAACACGAUGAGCGGCUAAGGAACUGCGGCAGCAUUGCCCACGGCGUCUGGGUGCUGAAGGGCUGUUUGCUUUGUCGGUGUGGCUAUGGUACUCUGCACUGCCUCUCGGAAGCGAUGCACAGUAACUGUGGUAAGAAAUGGCAUUAAAUCGAGCGUUUUCAUCCCAUGGGUGACAGAACUGCCUUCUGCAGUGGUGGGGUACUCGGAGUUUGCUGUAUGUGCACUAGUCGGUCUUCUACAGUGGGUUGCUCUGCUUCAGAGAAUGUAUCGGUGAGACAAUAAAAAGCACUGCUCUUGGCUGUAUUGUACAUCACGAGACACUUUCCGAUGUUCAGAGUUCUGUACAGCAGGAAACUUCCCACCGUUCUAGCUGAAGAUUACAGAGGUUAAAUACUUCUCUGUUCUGCAAAAUAUGUACGUCUGUGACUUCCCACUUA